AACGGGCAAAAACGCCCAAAACCCAUCGUCGUCGUGAAUCCUCUGAAUUGAAACCCUAAUUGCUGCUGCGAUUUGAGCAGCAAACCUGUUUCUUUCUAAUGAUCGGGGGACUGACGCAUUGAUCCGCCGGAAACUCACCGGCAACCGGCGGAGCUGCCUCCUUCUUCUCUCUCAGUCAUUUCAAUUCCGAUCUUGCUCAGCCGAUCCACUUUUGCCCCGUACCAAUUCCGGCAGACAAAUCGCAAUUUCAUUUCAAUGGCGAAUCGACAGCAGUCCUCCUCGGCAUACUCGUCAGUGAUUCCAAACCUAGAUACAAAAUUGGGAGCUUCUACUCCAUCACCAUCGUCAUCUUCACCAUCAAUACAAAGAUUUCCUCCACCACCAACACCGCCACCUGUAAUUCAACCAAAUCAGAUACAUUCUCCAUUGAUGAGGACUCCUCCUCCUAAUUUACCAUCUCCAUCGAAUCAUGGUGUCCGUACUACUAGUGGAAGCCCUGUUCCUCAUAUGAGCACGCCGCCUGGACCACCUGUAUUUUCAUCGCCUCUUCAACCAGCUGCUGUUCCAUUUAGAACUUCUCCUUCAACUCCUCAGCCCAUUGCUUAUUCCUCCAAUUCUUCUUUACCCACUUCUUCACCCUCUCCCCUUUUUUCAAAUGGAUCCGUUGAAUUUCAGCACCAAUCUUCUGGCAUCACUGAGGAUCUCACCCACGAUGCUGAUUCUCCUAAUGUUCUAUUUUCGGCUCACAAGGUAUUGAAACAAAAGAAGUUAGCCAAUGUACCUAGUUUAGGAUUCGGUGCAUUAGUUUCUCCAGGCAGGGAGGUUUCAUUAGGUCCCCAGAUAAUUCAACGUGAUCCCCAUCGCUGCCACAACUGCGGAGCUUAUGCCAAUCUCUACUCCAAUAUCUUACUUGGUUCUGGUCAGUGGCAAUGUGUAAUAUGCAGAAAUUUAAAUGGAAGUGAAGGGGAAUACAUAGCUCCAAGCAAAGAAGAGCUCCGUAAUCUGCCUGAACUGUCAUCACCUCUGGUCGAUUAUGUCCAGACCAGCAACAAAAGACCUGGUUUCAUUCCAGUAUCCGAAUCAAGAAUCUCUGCCCCAGUCGUUCUUGUAAUAGAUGAAUGUUUAGACGAACAGCACUUGCAGCAUCUGCAGAGCUCCUUGCAUGCGUUUGUAGAUUCGUUGCCUCCAACAACUAGACUUGGAAUUGUUCUUUAUGGCCGCACAGUUUCCGUGUACGAUUUCUCUGAAGAAUCGAUAGCAUCUGCUGAUGUACUUCCUGGUGAUAAAUCACCAAGUGAGGAAUCCUUAAGAGCAUUAAUCUAUGGAACCGGGAUAUAUUUAACACCAAUUCACGCUUCUCUUCCUGUAGCACAUGCAAUAUUGUCAUCUAUGAGGGAAUAUAAACUGAAACUGCCUGAAGUUUCUCGAGAUCGCUGCUUAGGUGUCGCUGUGGAAUUUGCUCUGGCAAUAAUUCAGGGCCCAUCAGCUGAAAUAUCAAGGGGGGUUGUUAAAAGACCUGGUGGAAAUAGCCGAAUAAUUGUUUGUGCAGGUGGACCUAGUACUUAUGGCCCUGGUUCAGUUCCACAUUCUCUUGGUCAUCCAAAUUAUCCUCAUUUGGAAAAAACAGCAAUAAAAUGGAUGGAUAUGUUAGGUCGUGAGGCUAAUCGACGCAAUACUGUAGUUGACAUACUCUGUGCUGGGACAUGCCCUGUACGUGUUCCUGUGCUGCAACCUCUUGCAAAAUCGUCUGGGGGUGUUCUUAUUCUCCAUGAUGACUUUGGUGAAGCUUUUGGUGUCAAUUUACAGAGGGCGUCCACAAGGGCUGCAGGUUCCCAUGGUAUAUUGGAAAUUAGGUGUUCAGAUAAUAUUUUUGUUAGUCAAGUGGUGGGCCCCGGUGAGGAGGCACAUAUGGAUAACCAUGAAUCUUUCAAGAACGAUACUGCUCUUGCUAUACAGAUGCUGAGUGUUGAAGAGACACAAAGUUUUGCAGUAUCAAUGGAGACUCGUGGUGAUAUCAAGAGUGAUUUUGUCUACUUCCAAUUUGCGAUUCGGUAUUCAAAUGUUUACCAAGCUGAUAUCUCAAGAGUGAUUACUGUUCGGCUCCCUACUGUGGAUAGUAUUUCAGCUUAUCUGGCGAGUGUUCAGGAUGAAGUAGCUGCAGUUCUUAUUGGUAAAAGGACUCUCUUGCGCGCCAAAAACUUUAGCGAUGCUGUUGAUAUGCGAGUAACUCUUGAUGAGAGAAUUAAAGAUGUUGCAACUAAGUUUGGCUCACAGGUUCCAAAGUCAAAGCUUAAUCGGUACCCUAAAGAGCUCUUGUUAUUGCCUGAACUGUUAUUUCAUCUUAGAAGAGGUCCUCUUUUGGGAAGUAUACUUGGCCAUGAAGAUGAGAGGUCUGUUUUGCGGUCUCUAUUCCUCAAUGCAUCGUUUGAUCUAUCCCUUCGAAUGCUGGCACCUCGCUGUUUAAUGCAUCGAGAAGGUGGGACGUUUGAGGAACUACCAGCUUACGACCUUGCAAUGCAGUCUGAUUCUGCAGUUGUUCUUGAUCAUGGCACCGAUGUCUUCAUUUGGCUGGGUGCUGAACUUGCUGCACAGGAAGGAAAGAGUGCAGCAGCUUUGGCAGCUUGUAGGACAUUGGCUGAAGAGCUGACCGAGUUGCGGUUUCCAGCUCCUAGGAUUCUUGCUUUUAAGGAGGGGAGCUCUCAAGCUCGAUAUUUUGUCUCUCGCUUGAUACCAGCACAUAAAGAUCCUCCUUAUGAACAGGAGGCAAGAUUCCCUCAGCUACGAACAUUGAAUGCAGAACAGAGGACAAAGCUUAAAAGUAGUUUUAUUCACUUUGAUGAUCCUAGUUUCUGCGAGUGGAUGCGCACUUUGAAAGUAUCGCCCCCAGAACCAAGAUGAGAGAGGUGCUUCAUUAGACUUGUUUUUUUAUUGUAGAUGUUUUCUCCGUGAACGUUUGUUACGUUUUCGUUGUACUUGGAUAUUUCAUAUUUUCAUUUUUGUUUUUACGACAUUAUACACAAUUCUUAAAUGAUCAAAAUUGCGGUAAUAAAAGAGGUUGGAUACAUUCAUGAAUGAUCCGGUUCUAUA